AUGGAGGGAACGAAGUGGAAGAAAUAUGAAGUUUUUAAGGACACUCAACCAUUGAUCAGGUCUGUGAUGGAUGGUUACAAUGUAUGCAUUUUUGCUUAUGGUCAAACCGGAUCCGGUAAAACACAUACUAUGGGUGGUCCAUCAGGUGGAUCAGCUGCGGAUAUGGGGAUUAAUUAUCUAGCUAUCAGCGAUUUGUUCCAGAUGUCAAACAAAAGGAAGGAUAUCAUAGAUUAUGACAUUCAUGUUCAAAUGGUCGAAAUUUACAAUGAACAAGUACGAGACCUUCUUGCAGAAGAUUCAUCCACUGCCAAAUUAGAGAUACGGAGCUGCACUGGUGAUAAUGGCUUGAGUAUUCCAGAUGCUACAAUGCAUUCAGUGAAGUCUUCUACUGAUGUCCUAAAACUCAUGAAAGUUGGUGAGAUGAAUCGUAUGGUCAGUUCGACUGCUAUCAAUAACCUCAGCAGCCGUUCCCAUAGUAUCCUUACAGUCCAUGUGAAUGGCAAAGAUACUUCUGGAGGUACUCUACGCAGUUGCCUUCAUUUAGUUGACCUUGCGGGAAGUGAAAGAGUGGACAAAUCUGAAGUUACAGGAGAUAGGCUGAAAGAGGCACAGCAUAUCAACAAGUCUCUUUCUUGUUUAGGAGAUGUUAUCGCAGCCUUGGCUCAGAAGAAUUCUCACAUCCCUUACAGAAACAGCAAACUCACACUUCUGUUGCAAGACUCCUUAGGUGGACAUGCUAAAACUUUAAUGCUUGCUCAUGUGAGUCCAGAAGAGGAUUCCUUCAGUGAAACUAUCAGUAACUUGAAGUUUGCUCAGAGAGUUUCCACUGUGGAACUCGGUGCUGCUCGUUCAAACAAGGAGAGUGGUGAGGUUAUGCAACUCAAAGAACAGAUUGAGAGACUUAAAAAGGCAUUAGCAAACAAAGAAGGUCAGUGUGUAUCAAGAACAACAACUGAGAGAACUCCUCAACGUCUUAGAAGAUUAAGCAUUGAAAGUUGCAGCACUGUGAAGACCGAGAAGGCAAAAACCCCUUAUCUUCCAACUCGUUCAAGGAGGUUGAGCUUGGAAGGUCCAAGAUUGAUUAAGAAGGAUAAUCUAAAUAUAUCGCAUGACAUGGGGAAAUUCCUUCCAGCUGAGGCAGUGCCAAUGCAGGAAUGUGGUCAACUUCAAAAUGCAGCAGCAGUCACUACCCCGUUGGGCCAUUUCAGUAAUGCGGAUUCCACAUUAGAAGUGUUUUGUUCCAAGGCUCCUCAAAGUCCAACGAGCGUUACCUACGAGAAGCAAGUGUUAGAAACAGAUAGUAGAACACAAGUUCAUUCUCUUCAGCCACCAAAAACACCCGAACCUCGUCCCAGAUCUCCUCUAACUCCAGCAAGUGCUACAUAUCAGAAGCGAGUGUUGAAACCAGGUAGUAGAAACCAAAUUCCUUCUCCUCAGAAACCAACAACAUCUGAGCCUCAGACCAAGGCUCCUCGCAGCCCAAAGAUGGCUAGCAAUCAUAAGAGAGGGUUAAUAACAGAUAAGAAGACACAAGUUCGUCCCCUUCAGCUAUCAACAACGACGCCCGAACCACAAAAGCAUUCCCGAAAUGAGGUACAGAUUGUCAUGCAAAGUAAGGUGACUCUUUCUACAGAUUAUCUGACACCUAAUUUGACAAGUACCACAAGUCGAAACGGAUCUCAGAUAAGGAAAUCUCUGCGGACUAUUGGAAAACUGAUCAAUGGCUCUGAGAAGAGGUGGGUGAAACUCAUGUUUUGA